ACUGCUGUCCGAGCACCGUGUACUCACCCUUGUGCAAAUCGUAGGAGAAAAUUCCCGAACCGAGGGAGAUUUUGAAUCGAGGUAGGGGAAGAAGCUCGAAGAUGGCGGAAUCGGAAUCGGAUUCACAGUCGUUUCUCUGGCGACACUGGAAUGGGUACAAGGAGUUUUGGGGUGAUAGGUUCUCUUUCCUUAAGAACUACUCGAGGCUCACCGAUCGCGACAAGCCUCUCCCUUCUUGGUCCUCCUCCGAUGUCGAAAAGUUCAUCGCCUCCGAUCCCAUCCAUGGCCCCAUUCUGAAAACUGCUAGGGAAGCAGUGAACUAUGGUGUUACCGGUAGUGUUGUUGGCGCUGUAUCUACCGGUGCUUUCGCGUGGAAAUACUCAAGAAGCCUGCAUGGUGCUGCAUUGGCGUUCGGAGCGGGAGCUGCAUUCGGUUGGACCUUCGGGCACGGAAUCGCUAACCAGACUCUGCAACUCUACAAAUUCGACACAAUGGCGGCUCAGGUUAAGUUCGUGGAAUGGUGGGAAUGCAAAAGCCAGGGAAGACCUUGAAAUCCAUAAGGAAACCAACCAAACCAACCACCAAAAGGUUCCAUUUCUUUACAAUAAUCCCCGUUGCAUCUGUUCGAAAACGGCUCGAGGCGAUAACUUUCGUUUUCCUUUCGUAUUUUUUGUUAAUCGAGAUGAGAAUCGCUGAACUGGCUGAGUUAUGGUCGGAAUAAUGAAACUCCUCUGAAAUGUUCCCACAGUAAGAGAGAGAUCAUGAGUCCAUUCAAUUGGUGAGUCUUCGGGUUUGGUCUAACAAUUUUACCAUAUUUUUGCAUGCUAAAGACAUUUACGAAACUAGUAUUUUGAUGUUUUUCUUUUUUA